UUGCGAGUUUUGACUGUUAAAUCAGCAAGAUUACAGACAAUAACGAAGAAACCUGUAAUAGUGUUGUCUCACGACUUCGAUAACAUUUCAAAUAAGACGAUUAAGGUAAACAAAGUCAAACAGUGGAAAAUACGAUUUCGACAAGUUGGACCAAAAGCAAAGAGACGACGGUUUCUCAGGAAAAAUUUGCAGGCACUUGUUGAAACGGAACUGCUGCCUGGGCAGGCGGCGACCGCGGUACUGUCAGCAAAUAAGGGUGCUUUAGAGGUAGAAGUCGUGUACUUGGCAAAAUUAAGAGGGAACGUAGCUGUGAACUUUAAAAUUCCUUAUAAGGGUCACCAUUUCUGGGGUCCAUCGGUAGAUAGUGUGAUGAAGAGUGGUGGAUUAGAAAAUGAAGUGAUUAUAAAAGAAACUAUCAAGUUAGGUUUCUACACGGAUGCAUUUUUAAAUAUAUGA